AUGAAAAUUUUGUGCGUAGCAGAAAAGAAUUCGAUAGCUAAAUCUGUAGCUGCUAUCCUUAGUGGUGGAAGGUCAACUUCUAGGGCCUCUGAUUAUGUAUAUGUCAAAAAUUAUGAUUUCGUGUUCCAAGGAUUCCCAUUUGCACCUUAUUCAUGUGAAGUAACAAUGACUAGUGUGGCAGGACAUUUAAAUGGUGUAGAUUUUGAUGGGCAGCAAUAUGGUUGGGGUAAAAGUGAUCCAUUUACAUUAUUUGAUGCUCCAUUGAUUGAGACUAUGGAUAAGAAUCAAAAACAAAUUGCAAGUAAUAUACGUAAAGAGGCUAGAAAUGCAGAUAUUUUGAUGAUUUGGACGGAUUGUGACAGAGAAGGUGAAUACAUAGGAUGGGAAAUAUACCAGCAAGCACGGCAAGGAAACAGAAAUUUAGUAGAUAAUAAUGUUUAUAGAGCAAUAUUCUCACAUUUAGAAAGAAGUCAUAUUCUCUAUGCUGCAAGGAACCCAAAGAGACUUGAUCAAAAAAGUGUAGAUGCCGUAGCAACCCGUAUUGAGUUAGAUCUAAGAACAGGUGUAGCUUUUACUAGAUUGCUCACAAAUACUAUGGCUUCAAGAGUUCAAUCAAGUAUAAAUUCUGAGCAAGUCAGACUUAAUAAUAGUAAUAAUAAUGGGAAUAAAAAGGAAAAAAUUAUCAUAUCAUAUGGACCUUGCCAAUUUCCAACACUAGGUUUUGUGGUAGAUAGAUUUGAAAGGAUACGAAAUUUUGUUCCUGAAGAAUUUUGGUAUAUUCAAUUGCAGGUGGAAAGUAGAAAUGACAACGAUGAUAACAAUAUUGGAUUUGAAACAUCAUCAACAACAUUUCAAUGGGAAAGAGGGCAUAUCUUUGAUCGGCAUAGUGUUCUAUCUUUAUAUGAAAUGUGUCUUGAAAUUGGAGGUGAUGAAGCAACAGUAUGUGAUCUAAAAUCGAAACCUUCUACAAAAUACAGACCUUUCCCAUUGACAACAGUUGAAUUACAAAAGAAUUGUGCUAGAUAUUUCAGAAUUAACGCAAAACAAUCUCUAGCAGCUGCUGAAAAAUUGUAUCAGAUGGGAUUUAUAUCUUAUCCAAGAACUGAAACAGAUACAUUCCCAGAUACUAUGAAUUUAAAGGAUUUAAUUGAAAAACAAGCACAAAGAAACCAGGAUUUUGCUAGUAGGACUCCCUGGGCAUCCUAUGCUGCAACUCUAUUAGAUGAAAAUUCUCCAAAUAACUUUACUUUUCCUAGAAGUGGGAAACAUGAUGAUAAGGCACAUCCACCGAUUCAUCCUAUUAUACCAUUAGGUAAAAAUGCACAGAUUGAUGCUACCGAAAGAAAAGUGUAUGAAUAUGUGGUACGACAUUUUUUAGCAUGUUGUUCAGAAGAUGCUAAAGGACAGACAACAACAUUAACAUUAGAUUGGGUCGGAGAGAAGUUUACUGCUACUGGGUUAGUUGUUCUUGAAAGGAAUUUUUUAAGUGUCUACCCAUGGGCCAAAUGGGAAACCACAAAGCAAUUGCCAAAAUUGGAAUUAGGUUCUGUUUGUACAUUGAGCAAAGCAGAGAUGAAAUCAGGAAUGACUUCAACACCUAAACCUAUGACAGAGAGUGAAUUGAUUGUGUUAAUGGAUACUAAUGGUAUCGGUACAGAUGCCACUAUUGCUGAUCAUAUCGAAAAGAUUCAGACUAGAAAUUAUGUUCGAAGUGAAAAAUCAGGAAAGGAGACUUUUUUACAACCGACUACACUAGGGAUAGCAUUAGUUCAUGGAUUUGAAGAGAUUGGAUUAGAAGAUUCAUUUACUAAGCCGUUUCAAAGGAGGGAAAUGGAGGAAGAUUUGAAAAAGAUAUGUCAGGGGAGUUAA